CAUACUGAUCGUGGCGCUGCUGGUGAUGUUCGCCGGGGUGAUGUCCGGCCUCACGCUGGGGCUCAUGUCCAUGAGCCUCGUCGACCUCGAGGUCCUCGCCAAGUCCGGCACCCCUCAGGAUCGCAAGCACGCAGUGUGGGCUUGCAGUUAUGCCGGGCGCUGCUGAUGCUUUUGCUCCCAUUCAAGCUUGGAUCUUGCUUUGUAGUAGAAGGCGGCUCGAAAAUCAGUUAUUUGUUCCCUUGAUGCAUCUACCGAGUAUUCUGUAAUGUAAGGAACUCAUUAAGGGAGGAUUUGGUCCUUUUUCUCGGCCAUGGUGAUGGGUCGAUAUAACCCCCUGAGAAUUUUAUUCAGAAACAAAGGAAAGGAAUUUUGUACUAGAGUUCAACUCUCCAAGCUGAAGGAUUGUAGGCUCUUUCCUCUAGUAUUCGUGAGAAUUCACAGUGGUGAAAAGGAGCAUGUAGUGGCACGAGAGCUUUUGCACUACAAGUUUGUUUAUGCUUCUGGAUAUGAUAUCUUGACACAUAAAAAUGAGAUUACUGCUUCUGCAGAGCACUUAAGUUAAGUUAUUGAUAGAUAUGAACUUACAGUUGGCUGCUACCCACGCAAACGUUGCGAUGUAUGGUGGGCCUUGGCACAAGUGGAUGGCUAAAAGAUGAAAAUAGUAAUUUCCGAUUACCAGCUAAUUGAGAGCUAAUUUGGGUCACCUACUUGGGUCGUGCUCUGUUGCGAUCACUGACAAUAAGAGGAAACUAAAUAUAGCAAUGGACAAAUCUGAUAUGGAAGGGCUGAUGAUCAAGAUAUGUGAGGUCCACAUGCUUGCAUCCAGUGCGGUUGAUUGAGAAUGGUAAAAAGCACUUACCAGAAAGUACAAAGGAAAAUGGUUGGGAUUUUAAGAAUCAUGUAAACCAUUUGUAGAUGGUAAGACUUUGAAAAGAAUGAAAUGCAUUGAUGAUAACAAGUUUGGGCGGGCCAGCUUCGGUUUUUGGAAGUGGCACUAUUGGCAUACUUGCUAUCCAGUUUAUGACGAUCAGUAGUUGCCAAGAUACUGCCAGUUGUAAAAAAUCAACAUCUUCUGCUUUGCACAUUACUGAUAUGCAAUGCUGCUGCAAUGGAGGCCCUUCCCAUUUUUCUUGACAGUUUAGUUUCAGCCUAUGGCGCUAUCCUGAUCUCAGUGACAUUGAUCCUUCUGUUUGGAGAGAUAAUUCCGCAAUCUGUUUGUUCUCGAUAUGGUUUGGCAAUUGGUGCGGCUGUGGCUCCGGCUGUGCGUGUUCUUGUUUGGAUCUGCUUUCCCAUUGCGUAUCCAAUCAGCAAGUUAUUAGACUAUCUACUAGGUCAUGGACAUGUUGCUCUCUUCCGCAGAGCUGAGCUUAAAACCCUUGUCGACUUGCAUGGAAAUGAGGCUGGAAAGGGGGGAGAAUUGACGCAUGAUGAAACAACUAUUAUUGCUGGAGCACUUGAACUUUCGGAUAAGUCAGCUCGUGAUGCCAUGACUCCUAUAAAUGAGACAUUUGCAAUUGACAUCAAUGCCAAGCUCGAUCAGGAUUUGAUGAACUUGGUUUUGGAGAAAGGGCACAGCAGAGUGCCGGUUUUCUAUGAGAAGCCUACCAAUAUAAUUGGAUUGAUUCUGGUGAAGAAUUUGCUGACCAUUCACCCAGAAGAUGAAGUACCAGUAAAAAAUGUUACCAUUCGGAAAAUUCCAAGGGUUCCAGAAAAGAUGCCUCUAUACGACAUAUUAAAUGAGUUUCAGAAAGGUCACAGCCACAUGGCUGUUGUUGUGAGACAGCAUAAUGAGUCGACGGAGCAGUCCACUGACAAGAGCCCUAUCGAUAGUACUGAGAACGAUGUCAAGGUGGACAUUGAUGGUGAAAAGACUCCACAAGAGAAGAAAUUGAAAAACAAGAGAUCUCUGCAAAAAUGGAAGAGCUUCCCCAACUCAAAUAACUCAGUUAAGGGAAGUUCAAGGAGCAAGAAGUGGACAAAUUACAUGUAUGCAGAUAUCCUGCAACUAGAUGGAAGUCCUCUUCCGAAGCUUGCGGAAGAAGAAGAAGCUGUGGGCAUAAUAACCAUGGAAGAUGUCAUAGAAGAACUGCUACAGGAGGAGAUCUUUGAUGAGACAGAUCACCAUGAUGAACAUUCAUGACAUCGGAUCCCAUGCAUGGCAAUAUGCCAAGCAUCUAGCAGUGUUUAGUACUUCUUUUUCAUAUCAUUUCAAUGUAUGUGGUAUUACUUGUACUGUUUUAGCUCUCUACCAAAAGGACUAAGAAAAGCUACGAAUUUUUGAGUCUUAUCAUUUCAAAGGAAUAGAGGAUUGUGGACUUGGAACAUUAUUUCGUCGUGUUUGUAAAUCAACCGCAGGGAAGUGUGCAAGACAAUUGGUAUAUCUUGCACUUUAUGGUUUUGCUUUUGUUGAAGUUGUAAAGCAAGGAAAAGAAAGCAUUGGAAAGCAUGGUUUUGCCUUAUAAGCU